UGAGCUCCGAGGCGCCGAAAGGACUGGACCAAGCGGGGUUUCAUAUGGGGCAUGGGCGCCAUCAUGAGAUGCAUCCUCCCGUCAUGGCCAGGCUAUGCAUUCGGCUGGGGAAUCUCUCGCCAUUGUCCUUGCUGAACGUCCUUCGCCGCGCUGCGGGUAGGAAAGGCGCGGCCGGGGGCGCUCUCGGCUGCCCAUGACAAAGCCCGUUUGACCUCGGCAGUAUCCACGUGCGAGAAAUCAAAAGGCCGGUGGUUCGAUAAUUUUCGACGGUUGAAGAGGAUAUCAGCGAGCGCCUACUGGUCCCCACGGCAUCUUGUCCUUGACCGCCACCCCACACUCGGCUCGUCAUGGCAAAUAUCCGCUCGCCCGGCGUCGCUGUCCCUUCCGCCGCCGAAACGGCGUUGUACAACAUGACCUCCCCCUCCCAUUCCUUCCUCCCCAAGGCGCAGGGCGGCUCGACAUGGCUCUUCACCACCGCGACCAUCGUCGUCUCCCUACUCCUUCUCGAGCAGGCUGUGUACAAGUACAAGAAGCGCCAUCUCCCGGGCGCGUCCUGGACAAUACCCAUCAUCGGGAAGUUCAUGGACUCAUUACACCCGACGCUCGAGAACUACAUGAAGCAAUGGGCAAUGGGCGAUCUCAGCGUCGUUAGCGUGUUCAACAUUUUCAUCGUGAUGGCGGCCUCAAACGACUAUUCGCGGAAGAUCCUCAACACGCCAUGUGCAGAGCCUGCGGUUGUCAACUCUGCGAAGCACGUUCUCUGCCCCGAGAACUGGGUGUUCUUGAAUGGCAAGGCUCACGUCGAGUACCGUCGCGGUUUGAACGCGCUCUUCACCCGGAAGGCCCUCGGCUCAUACGUCGACAUUCAGGACCGUAUCGCCAAGGAGCACCUCCAGGACUGGGUUAAGAAGUGCCAGACGACCGGCAAAUCGUUCCCCAUCAUGAUGGACGCCCGCUUUAUGAACAUGGUCACCUCCAUCCGCGUCUUCUGCGGCAUGUACGUCCCCGACGACGCCAUCGCGGAGAUUUCGCAGAAGUACUGGGACAUCACCGUCGCGCUCGAGCUCGUCAACUUCCCCCUCCCCAUUCCCGGCACGAAGAUCUACCGCGCGAUCCAGGCGCGCAAGGUCGCGUUCAAGUGGCUCGAGCACGCCGCGCACGAGUCGAAGAUUGCCAUGGCUGCGGGCAAGACCGCGGGCUGCCUGCUCGACGAGUGGUGCCAGGUGCUGAACGACCCGACGUACAAGGGCCGCAAGGACUUUAGCGACCGCGAGAUGGCGCUCGUCGUCUUCUCCUUCCUCUUCGCGUCGCAGGAUGCGAUGAGCAGCGGCCUCACGUACGGCUUCCAGCACCUCGUCGACCACCCGGAUGUGUUUGCGAAGAUUCGCGAGGAGCUUGACCGCGUCGUUGGCCGUGACCCGCACGCCGUCCUCACCCUUGACCUCCUCGACCAGCUCCCGUACUUGCAAGCCGCCGUCAAGGAGAGCAUGCGCGUAAAGCCGCCCGUGACGAUGAUCCCCUACAAGACCGUGAAGCCUUUCCAGAUCCGCGAGGACUACACGGUCCCGACCGGCACCCUCCUCAUCCCGACCUUCUACAACUCGCUGCACGACCCCGACGUAUACCCUGAGCCCGAAGCGUUCAAGCCCGAGCGCUGGCUCGACCCCGAGGGCAGCGCGAACAAGAACCCGAAGAACUGGAUCGGGUUCGGCAACGGCGCGCACCGGUGCAUCGGGCAGGAGUACGCGCUCAUGAACAUUGCGCUUGUGCUGGCGAACGCGGUGAUGCUGGCGGAUUGGGAGCACGACAUCACCGAGGAUAGCUUCAAAGUCAAAAUGAUCGCGACCUUGUUCCCUGCGGACGAGUGCAAGAUCAAGUUCACGCCGCGCGCGGUGGCAUAAGUGUCGCGAGGCGACGCGGUCGUCUUGCGUACUCCGUCUGCAUUGGCACACGUUUCUUGUCGCAUGAUCUUGUCCGUCUUGUGCCACUAGCAUGGGUAUCCUCGGUUGGGUGGAAAGCAGCAGUAUAAACACAAAUCAUCUGUGGCGGCGCUAGCCACCACGCUCCCUUUGCACGACACUACUGUGCGCGUGCAUCCCCCACGACUAUGUUUCUUAUCGUAUAAUUUAGAAGAGCGUUCGCAUUAGAGUGGACCUUGGUCAUACUUUCAGCUAUGCGUGCUGUAAUAGACAAUCUAUGAGUUGUCCUGCAUCUUGGUUGUUCGUCUGCCUUCCUGAUUGCUG